GUUCGUCUGAUGGACACUUGUGUUUCCACAGUUUGGCUAUUGUGCACAGUGCUGCUGUGAAUGUGGUAUGCGAAUUCCUGCUUCCAUGUUUUGGAUAGAUGUGUAGGAGUGGCAUUGCGGGGUCACGUGGUAGCUCUAGGGUUCACCUUAUGAGAAAGGUGUCCAAACUUGUCCGCUGCGGGUGCCUGCGUGUUUGUGCCUGUUCUUGCUGAGCUGCCUGAAUGAGUGGAGCCCACGCCCAGAGGGGCCGAUGAGCAGAACUCCGCCGCCCACCCGCAGCGUGAUAGCAGGCUCUCCUGCGGUGUCUGGAAAUGGCCUGAGCGAUGACAUCUCUUCUCCAUCCCUCUGGCAGGUGACAGCAUGCCUUCCGAGACACCCCAAGCAGAACAGCGGUCCGCAGGGUGCCCCCACCUGUCAGGGGCUCACUCUGAGAAAAGGAGCCUGGAGCAGGGGCCCCCCGGGGACAAGGAUGCCAGGGAGCACCUGUGGAUCAGUCCGGAUAUGCCGAGCAGGUGCUCCUGGAAGCUGGGCAGGCCCAUCACUGACUCCCCGCAUCACCACAUUGGCUUGGAAACUGGACAUGCUGGUGGCUUCGGCGGGCACAGGCGGCACCAUCACAGGCAUUGCCAGGAAGCUGAAAGAGAAGUGUCCUGGGUGCAGAGGUGUGUCCCAGGGGAGGAGGACGAGGGAGGCGCAUGUGGAGGGUUUGCAGGUCUGUCAAGUCGGGGUGUCACCGGGGGGCGUGGCUUUAGGGCAUCCACUCGGCUGGCAGGGGCCACGGGGUAUGGCCGGGCAUUUAUGGGGUACGUGGGGCUCAGGCACGCUGCAUGCUCAGCAAAUCGCUGUUGGUACUGUCGGCCUCUCGGAGGCGUUCCGGUUGCAGUCCAUCCACCCAGCGGGGGCUCCUUGGGGUGCUUCUGUCUCAUUCCCCCGGAGUUGCCAUGUGGCCCCGGGGGUUGGGGGGGGGAGCAUCUUGUUCAGCUGUGCUGGUGGGUAGGCGUGGAGGGAGCAGUUUACAGAGCCAGCGAGGUCGUGGGGGCCGGCAGGGCUGUCGGGUCAGAGCCUCUCCCCCUCCUGACACGCCUCUGGCUCCCAGUGGCCAAGUGCGAAUUCUUCAACGCGGGCGGCAGCGUGAAGGACCGGAUAAGCCUGCGCAUGAUCGAGGAGGCCGAGCUCUCGGGGACGCUGAAGCCUGGGGACACGAUCAUCGAGCCGACAUCCGGGAACACAGGUGUGUGUGCUGGGACUAGCCGGAUCCCCUGGCUGGGGUGGCGCUUGGCUAUACGCGCCGGCUUGGCUGGGCCUUUUCCCCCGGCCGUGUGCUUGCACGGAUGCACGCGUGCUGCUUCCCGACAUCUUGCCCUGGGGCCUGUGCUGAUGACGUGGGUGGCUCUCGCGAGCAGCUCCACCUGGCAGUUUCCCAGGCCGAGAGAGGGGCCCUGGGGNUGUGCUCUGCAGGUGGACGUCCUGCGGGCCCUGGGGGCUGAGAUCGUGAGGACGCCCACCAAUGCCAGGUUCGACUCCCCAGAGUCGCAUGUGGGUGUGGCCUGGAGGCUGAAGAACGAAAUCCCCAAUUCUCACAUCCUGGACCAGUACCGCAAUGUCAACAACCCCGUUGCUCACUACGACAGCACCGCCGAGGAGAUUCUGCAACAGUGUGACGGUGCGGACUCCACCCCAAGCUGCUGUCUUGGUGGCCUUGGCCACUUCGUGAGCCGGGCACGUCCACGUGAGGCUUGCCGGACACCGGCGCUGACAUGGUCCCCUCUGCAGAUUAUCGGGGUGGACCCUGAAGGCUCCAUCCUCGCAGAGCCCGAGGAGCUGAACCAGACGGAGCUGACAGCCUAUGAGGUGGAAGGCAUCGGCUAUGACUUCAUCCCCACGGUGCUGGACCGGACGGUGGUGGACAAGUGGUUUAAGAGCAGCGACGAGGAGUCCUUCGCUUUCGCGCGCAUGCUGAUCGCACAGGAGGGGCUGCUAUGCGGUGGCAGUUCGGGCAGCGCAAUGUCUGUGGCCGUGAAGGCUGCCCAGGAGCUGCGGGAGGGCCAGCGCUGUGUGGUGGUUCUGCCCGACUCUGUCCGGAACUACAUGUCCAAGUUCCUGAGUGACAGGUGGAUGCUUCAGAAAGGCUUCCUGAAGGAGGAGGACCUCACGGUGAAGAAGCCCUGGUGGUGGCACCUCAGAGUCCGGGAGCUGAGCCUGUCGGCCCCGCUGACAGUGCUGCCCACGGUCACCUGUGAGCACACCAUCCAGAUUCUGCGGGAGAAGGGCUUCGACCAGGCGCCUGUGGUGGAUGAAUCAGGGUCAGUCUCGGCCACACCCCAGGACAGGGCCACCGAGGGGACCCCACAGCUGGCCAGCUGGCCUUGGUCACUGCAUAGGAAUGUCCAGAGCACUGGAUGGCCUGUUGUACGUUGUGUUCUGAGCACCAGCCAGGGCGGGGCAGGCCAUAUUAACCCUUUGGGUCUUCACACUUGUGUCCCACCCACAUCACCUUCAGUGUGGUCACGGGAGGCCGGUGGCAGCAAGUGGCCUUGCUCUGAGGGCAUGUCUAACAGCAGAAGGCACAGCCCGCAUGCCCCAGUGACCAACCGUCCAGGUUCUCCUAGGACUGUCCCAUUUCUAGCACCCGAAGUCCCAUGCCCCAGGAUACUUCUACUGGUCACCUAUGACACCUGUCAGACAGACUCAUUGCUUAUCCGCCUGACCGACCCGCUGGGCAAGCUGUCGCACAUCCUGGAGAUGGACCACUUCGCCCUGGUGGUCCACGAGCAGAUCCAGUCGCAGGACCAGGCCUUGGCAGGAGUGGUGGGGGGGCCUGCAGGUAUGUACGCCCGCCGUCCCGGCUCGGAAAUGGCCGUGUAG